GCUUCUGUUUUGGGGGGAGCAGCGCGUUGUAAGCGUUCCGCCGCCAUGGCGCCCCGCGGCCUGCUUGUCCUGCUGCUGCUCGCGCUGGUGGGGCCCUGCGCGGCCCUCAUCAGGAUCCCCCUCACCAAAUUCACCUCCACGCGCCGCAUGCUGACUGAGGUGGGCAGCGAGAUCCCUGACAUGAAUGCCAUCACCCAGUUCCUCAAGUUCAAGCUGGGUUUUGCUGACCUGGCUGAGCCCACUCCGGAAAUCCUCAAGAACUACAUGGAUGCACAGUAUUAUGGUGAGAUUGGCAUUGGAACCCCCCCACAGAAGUUCACUGUGGUCUUUGACACAGGCUCCUCCAACCUCUGGGUGCCAUCAGUGCACUGUCACCUGCUGGACAUCGCUUGUUUGCUGCACCACAAGUAUGAUGCAUCCAAAUCCAGCACCUAUGUGGAGAACGGCACUGAGUUUGCCAUCCACUAUGGGACUGGGAGCCUCUCUGGAUUCCUGAGCCAGGACACAGUCACACUUGGUAACUUGAAAAUCAAGAACCAGAUCUUUGGGGAGGCUGUGAAGCAGCCAGGCAUCACCUUCAUUGCUGCCAAGUUUGAUGGCAUCUUGGGCAUGGCAUUCCCAAGAAUCUCCGUGGACAAGGUCACACCUUUCUUUGAUAACGUCAUGCAGCAGAAGCUGAUUGAGAAAAACAUCUUCUCCUUCUACCUUAACAGAGAUCCCACAGCUCAGCCAGGUGGUGAGCUGCUGCUGGGGGGGACUGACCCUAAAUACUACAGUGGCGACUUCAGCUGGGUGAAUGUCACGCGCAAAGCCUACUGGCAGGUCCACAUGGACUCGGUGGAUGUUGCCAAUGGGCUGACUCUUUGCAAAGGGGGCUGUGAAGCCAUUGUGGACACAGGCACUUCUCUCAUCACUGGACCCACCAAGGAAGUGAAGGAGCUGCAAACAGCCAUUGGUGCAAAACCACUCAUCAAAGGCCAGUACGUGAUCCCCUGCGAUAAGAUCUCGUCUCUGCCUGUUGUCACACUCAUGCUAGGUGGGAAGCCCUACAAGCUCACUGGGGAGCAAUAUGUCUUCAAGGUUUCUGCACAAGGAGAGACCAUCUGCCUGAGUGGGUUUUCCGGCCUGGAUGUCCCACCACCUGGGGGCCCACUCUGGAUCCUGGGAGAUGUCUUCAUUGGUCCCUACUACACUGUCUUUGACCGUGAUAAUGACUCUGUUGGUUUUGCCAAAUGUGUCUAAGCGCCUGACCCCCUCCCCCCUCACUGUCUCUGCUACACACAAACACUUGCAUACACACACAGGAGCUGUAGAGAAGCUGUAGAGAAAGAUUAUCAGGAUUAGAAACCCACUCAGUGGGGAAAAAAAAAUACCAAAAAAGAAUUCAAGUAGUCUUAACAUUACAAGGAAAAUAGUCAUUGCUGCUGUCCUGCUAGCUACUUUUCCCCUUCUGAGUAAGUGGUUCUGGGAUAGUUCUAGUUGGUAACACCAGCUGGAGUAGCCCCUUGCUUACUGCUAGAUCUUUGAGUAUUUGUUUUUAAGAUCUACUUUCAAAGCUGAACCAGCCCCAGAGACCCUGGGGAGGCAGCUGGCUGGCUCUGCUCCUGCAGAGGAGCUGUGCUGGUGCUUCUUCACUGGGGGAGAAGGAUGGAGAAGUCAGGUGGUAGUUCUGGUUUGUCACUGAAGUGGGGAAUCAAGUCCAUCACUCUGAUGGGUGAGGAAGCAAUUGCUAGACCAUUUCUCCAUGAGUUGGUGCUGGUGUGAUCCUCAGAGAGCAUGUCCUGGGCUGAAGCAGUAGGGGAUUGUGUAGCAUGCACAGGAUUUGAGUUUUGGUAUUGAGGAGCUCUGUUUGUGUGUCUUGUGUUGUGAAGGCACUAGUGUGAGCAGGGGGUGUGAUGUCAGCACGCCUGGCCUGAGCCUUCUCAGACCUAGUAGGGCAGGGACUUACAGGAGGGUUCCAGUCAGUGGGACUUCUCAGGAAGUAAGAAUACAAAGGGGGGGGGGAGGGGUGUCACAAUAGGUUUUAAUACAAGUCACUUGAUUUCACGUCCAUGAAGGCCCAGCUUUGUGCUGAAGGCUGAGCAAAGCCACUAGGCUCAAGUUUUCUUGGGUUUGUUGAGGUUUUCCUUGCUAGCUUCUUCCAGUGCCAGUGAGUUGAAGGUAAUGUUUCCCAAAGCAAUUAAGUGAUCUACAAGCUUAAAUCAUGAGACCUUUAGGAAACAUUACACAUAGUGUUUUGAAUGUCCCUUAACUCAAGAGACAGUUGGCAGAGGCAGCAAGUCUUCCAGGCAGGUGGGUUCCACAGAGGCUGUGGGCUUGCAUUUGCACUCCUUUUUCCCCUACCAAAUCCUAAAGCACAGGGUUUAACAUCCUCCCUACCUGGCAUGUUGUUCCCAUGUUACUAACAUCAGUGAGAUCUCUGUCCAUUUACCUCCUGUGCUGCAAAGCACCAAACAAAGCAUUUUCCUCUUUUGGAGAGGUGGUAGCUGAAACUGUCUGUGGUUCCACAUCUUUGUCCUGGAGAUCCAAGAUCUGGGCAUUUGGAUGUGUUUGUUUCAUGGUUAAAGAGGUAAGGGACAGAGCUGAGGGUGGCAAGACAACCACCAGCAGGUGUGUGGAUAUGUGAUUAGUCAAGGUGAGGCAUGUAUACGUAUGAGCUACAUCAUCCCAACAGUAAAUCUACCAUGAGCUUUGGGACACGAGUGAGGAAGAAGUCUACAGGUGAACUGUGAGAGGGCAGCUGCGGACAGUGAGCACCUAGCCUGCAGAUGUUGCUUGUCUCCACCUGCUGCAAUGGUCCAGUUGGCUUUGUAAACAUAACUCAUGCUAUGGAGAUGUCUUUUGUGGGCAGCAGAGACAUUUCUAAUGUGUAUAUUGUCCCAUGUAACUCUGGAUGUGACGUAUCUGCUGCUCCCAGAACUUGCUUUUGCCUGCUCACAGGCCUGCAACCCUGAAUCUGGGUUCCUAUGGACUUAUGCUUCUGAUUAAGAACAGAGUGUUACUGGAAAAAAAAAACUGCUCCAAAAUCAACAGCACAUUUCCAGAGAGCCCACUUCUUGAUUAUGUACCUGGAACACCUUGAAGUCCUGCUAGACCAUCUGCAAGCUGCAGGAUUCACCCAGCACAGUGAGAUGGCAUCUUGAGUACCCGUUUGUUUUUUGUUUUCUUUCAGAGCUGAUAUGGGGAAUGUGCAGGAGGGCAGUGGGUUUUGAAUGUUCUGUGUCAGAUUUUAGCUGUACAGAACUGGCCAUCAGGCAGCAGUUCUGGUGGAUAUGCAAUGCCUUAUAGCCUCUGUGGUCACCCAGUGCACGGCCCAGAGCUGUGCCCUAACAAACAUAUCGUGGGAUAGGCUGGAGGAGCAGUUGGGUGUGACUGCAUUUGCAAUACAAAUCAUAGUCUUCACUGAAAUGGUUCUCCUCCCCUUGUUUCUUUUAUCUCUUUUUAAACCAAACUCUGUGUGACUUUUUUUUUUUUUUUUUUUUUAAUCUAGUUUGCUGUCAGAAUUACUGUCUCAUCCUAGAAAAUUGAAAAGAAAAUACAGUAUUUCCCCCCCUUAA